AUGUGUCCAGCGAGUGUUUGGCGGAAAGUUCGGCCGAAUCCGCUCGUCUUCAUUUUUUGCGUCAGUUCAUGCUGUUUCACUUUUGGGUUAUGUAUAGCUAUUUAUGAUAUUAAUAGUUAUGGAAGUGGGCUAUAUUUGGCAUUGGUCUCAAUUGUAACAGUGGUUGUGGUAGUAGCAUUCUGUUUGGUUGGAACAGAAGAUCAGACUGAGCCCACUGUGGCCAAAAAAGUAUGGUCAACGACGCGCCAAACAAUGCGACGAUUUAAAAAGGAACCGUCAUCUCGAAUGCCAGCUGGAAUUGAAAUUCGGAUCGUCAACAUUGAUUUGGAGGCAGAAGGAGCAAGAAGUUGUUCUUCAUCAGAUGAUCAUCAUUCACCUGCUAAUGAUUCAUCAGUUUGA